AUGGCGGUGCGGCAGCAGCUGCGACAGCUGUUCCAGGACCCGCAGCCCAUCGGGGCCAUCGUGCUGGAGCGGGCGCCCCCCCCCGCCGCUGCCGCCUGGGCCUCGCCGCCGCCAUCCCCGCCCCCGCCGCCGCCGUCGCCGCCCCUGCCGCCGUCGCCUUCCUUGCCGCCGGCCGCGGUGCCGGCAUCGCCGCCGCGGCGGCAGGGUCCGCUGCCGGAGGAGUGCGCCGUGUUCCACUGCCGUGGCUGCUGGACGGUGCUGGGGGACUCGCUGCAGCUGUGCGGGCAGGAGCCGCCGGGGCUUCGCGUCCUCAUCUGCCUCAAAGUCACCAGCGAUGUGACCUGGGAGGACUCGCUGCUGGUCGGCCUGGAGGGAGCCCUCCUGGGCAGUGCUUAUUAUUUAUUAUUCUGUCGGUCCUGUGGCUUGGCCGUGGGCUUCAUUCUUUAUUCUUCUGGCAGUGAGCUGGCACAUCUGCGGGACUUGUUCUGUUUCUUCAAGGACAGCAUCAUGUGUUACUUCUUAAAAAAUCAAAUGAUUAUGGAAGCUUCUAAGGUGAAUUUUCCAGCAGUGACCUUAAAGAAACGCAUGCAGAAUAUGAAAGAAAAGCUUGUGGAGUUAAGUACUCGUGUAGAAUUAUUGACAAGGAAGCUGGAUAAAAUAAUUAUGGAACAAAAUAAUUAUGUAACAGAAUGGCAAAACUCUUCAACAGAUCCAGAUGACCUACUAUCAGGAUAUGCAGGAGUUAAUACCAACUAAUACCCAUUUUCAAGAACUGCUGAAGUUGUUUCUGCAUCUCUGCUGAGUUUGGUCAUUACAAAGAAAUAAUGCACCAGACCAGGUCUGAGUAUUGAUCUGUCACUUGAUCUGUGUGUGGAAAGAACUGAUGAUGAAGUGCAUCCCUUCAGGAAUGCCUGAGAGUCUGACAUACCAAAGUUAUGCUUGGGAGACUGAAUAGCUCACCCAUGCAGCAUGUUACUCUCUGAGGCUGUGUAAAUCUGACUUUGGUUUUUCUAAGGACUUCAGGGGGAAAACCAGCCUUUGAAAUACUGAAGUCAGGUUUCUGGAGCUAUGCAAAACAUAUUUAACCAGGUGAUGCUAUUGAAGAGCCACCAUUACAAACUGAACAUUGUUAAAAACCUAAAGCUCUUGUCCUGUAUUUUAUUUCAAUACAGACCCAUUGUUAAUGGCAGCUAGAUUUUGGUCAAGUGGCUCAUUAGCUACAUCUGAUGGGUGAGCCACUGCUGUAUGGACUCCUGAAGAGUUCUGAGAUUUGCUUGUGUGUGUUGCCUGCAAAAGCAGCAGACAAGCACAUCACAGAUGCUGCAAUAUUCUUAGAGCAUAAGUCAGGAUGGCACCACGGAGGCAGAACACAAGGUUUUGAAUUUCAGGUAAAGGGCAACCCAUGUGCCUGCCAAGUCUGCUGAAGUGCAGCCCCAGGAACAGGACUGAGUCAAAUUUUGCCAGCUAAGGCUGUGAGCAACUGCCUUGAACAGAUUUGAGAGUUCCUUUCUGGAAUGUUAACUAUGAAACCAAGGAACAGCCUUCUGCAUAAUCCUGGAAGCACUGCUUUCCUGAAGUUAGGACUGCCUGUUGCCUUCAAGUGGCCAGUUAGGAUGUUUCAUAAAGCUCAUUGGCAUCUCUCUGUUGAAAAUUGGUUCUGCUUAUUUCCAAAUAUUUAGAAAAGAAUUUUACAGAUAAGAAAGCACUACCUACCCUUUGUUCCUAGGCCAGAAUAUCCCUUAUUCUUGUUUUUUGGAAGAUUAAGGUCCCUUUUCCUCUCCCCUUCCCUGCAUAAAGGGCUAAUGUUUUUCCCCAAAGGAAUAAUGAAUUUUAUGGAAAGUUUAGUAGUUGUCUGUAGUAGUCUAGAGAGAAUUCUAUUUUCUUGAUCAACUUAAUUCCAGUGAUGCAAAUUGCAUUCUCCUAACAUGUAUAUGACCAGCAGGUUGCAGACCUCAUUGCUGCUGCUGCCAGUUCUGUGUUUUGUGUUAUUUGUAAAAUAACUGCUUGGAGCAGAGGGUACAAAACUCACUGUAAGGCACCUCAGAGGUUUUAGGUGGGCAACUGGCACUUAGGCUACUACUAAUGCUCACUGUGCUGCUUUCUGUUUGGGAGUUCUUAUGGACUCAGUUCACUGUCAUAAGCAAAACCAUGGAGUAUCAACAGUUGUUGUGCAAGGAGAGCAGGGACUCUCACAAAUUCUAAUACCAACUUUGUAAUACUUCCUUAGUGCUUGUGUUGUUGUUGCAUGAGUAUAAGAAAUGUGAUUGAUAAUGGGACUGUUUGCUUUUGCCCUUUCAUUCUAGUUUCUGCAUUGAGACUGGUUCUUGCUAUUUUAUGUCUGUACUAUGAAUAAUGCUAAAUUGUUUUGCUUCAUUAGUGCUGAUCCCUAAAAGAAAACUGUCAGUUACAUUUUUGUACUAUAUUUAAAGUUGUGAAGAAGGAAACUUCUUAAAUAAAAGCUGAAACUCAGAA